CCCGCGCCGCCCGCCCGGACGGCAUGGCCCGCGGCCCGCGCUCCGGGCGCCCCCAGCCUCGCUGAGAGCCGCCGCGGCUCCGGACCCGAAGGGGGGACCCCGAGCCGCCGGGAUGAGCCGCGCCGAGUUGUGAUCGCAGCUCGGGAAAGCGGGUGUGAAGGGUCCGAGCUGCCGCCCAGCAGGGGAGAGACCCCUGGACGCCGGAAAUAACCAUCCCGAAGCUGCGAGAAGGGGCGGGAAAGGAAAGAGCUUCUGCAUUCAGUUUGUGUGUCUUGUGGGGAAUUUUAAAAAAAUCAUCAUCAUCAUCAUCAUCAUCAUCAUUAUAAAAAAAGAAACAUUUCGGUGCCACUGUCUGUCAUCAUCUCUGGGGAAAUCAGCCAGAACCACCGGAACGUCACAGAAACCAGACGAGGGAGGCAGGAACCGAGGCAGUACCUGCAAGCGCCCGGGCACCAGAUCCACCUUGGAAUCGGGACCGCGUCUCCGGUGGCCUCGGGGCUGCAGCUCCAAACUUUGGAGGCGGGCGGGGCAAGACUGGGGCGCCCAGGGGGUGAUCUGUAGACUGAGGGCUGCCCCCUAACCAUGAUGUUUCGCGACCAGGUCGGGGUGCUGGCGGGCUGGUUUAAGGGCUGGAACGAGUGCGAGCAGACUGUUGCGCUGCUGUCGUUGCUCAAGCGCGUGAGCCAGACCCAGGCCCGCUUCCUCCAGCUCUGCCUGGAGCACUCGCUGGCCGACUGCGCCGAACUGCACGUUCUGGAAGGAGAGGCCAACAGCCCGGGAAUCAUUAGCCAAUGGCAACAGGAAUCCAAGGAUAAAGUGAUUUCCCUCCUGUUAACUCACCUGCCUUUGCUGAAGCCAGGAAACCUCGACGCAAAAGUAGAGUAUAUGAAACUGCUGCCCAAAAUCCUGGCUCACUCUAUUGAACACAACCAGCACAUUGAGGAGAGCAGGCAGCUGCUGUCCUAUGCUUUGAUACAUCCAGCCACUUCCUUGGAAGAUCGCAGUGCUUUAGCCAUGUGGCUGAAUCACUUGGAGGACCGCACGUCCACCAGCUUCAGUGGUGGCCAGAGCCGAGGCCGCUCGGACUCUGUGGAUUAUGGGCAGACACACUACUAUCACCAAAGACAGAACUCCGACGACAAGCUCAAUGGGUGGCAGAACUCUCGGGAUUCUGGAAUUUGCAUCAACGCCUCCAACUGGCAGGACAAAAGCCUGGGGUGUGAGAACGGCCAUGUGCCCCUCUAUUCCUCCUCAUCUGUCCCUACCACAAUCAAUACGAUUGGAACCAGCACAAGUACAAUUCUCUCAGGCCAGGCACACCACAGUCCUUUGAAACGAUCUGUGUCCCUUACCCCACCCAUGAAUGUGCCAAACCAGCCUCUAGGACAUGGAUGGAUGUCUCAUGAGGAUUUACGAGCUAGAGGACCCCAGUGCCUCCCAUCCGAUCAUGCCCCCCUGUCUCCACAAAGCAGUGUAGCCUCUUCAGGAAGUGGUGGGAGUGAACACUUAGAAGAUCAGACCACUGCUCGUAACACAUUCCAAGAAGAAGGUAGUGGUAUGAAAGAUGUUCCAGCCUGGCUCAAAAGCCUCCGUCUGCACAAGUAUGCUUCACUUUUCUCCCAGAUGACCUACGAGGAGAUGAUGGCCCUCACUGAGUGCCAGCUGGAGGCUCAGAAUGUAACCAAAGGUGCAAGACACAAAAUUGUCAUCAGUAUUCAGAAGCUCAAAGAAAGACAAAACCUCCUGAAGUCUUUGGAAAGGGACAUCAUCGAAGGGGGCAAUUUGCGCAUCCCACUCCAGGAACUGCACCAGAUGAUCCUGACGCCCAUCAAGGCCUACAGCUCCCCAACUACCACCCCUGAGGCUCGCCGCAGGGAGGCCCAAACCUCCCACCCAUCCUCCAUGAUGGGACCUGAGAGCCAGAACCCUGAUGGCAAAGACAGUGCCUCGGCCUCUGGCACGUCAGCCACCACUUCAGCUGGGGCCAGUGGCGGGCUGCAGCCACACCAGCUGAGCAGCUGUGAUGGGGAGCUGGCUAUCGCUCCACUGCCAGAGGGGGAUCUCCCAGGGCAGUUCACCCGUGUGAUGGGGAAAGUGUGCACUCAGCUCUUGGUCUCCAGACCUGAUGAGGAAAACAUAAGUUCCUAUUUACAACUCAUAGACAAGUGUCUAAUUCAUGAGGCAUUUACAGAGACACAGAAAAAAAGAUUGUUGUCAUGGAAACAGCAGGUGCAGAAGCUCUUUCGGUCUUUCCCUCGGAAAACCCUUCUAGACAUAUCAGGAUAUCGACAGCAAAGAAACCGCGGUUUUGGGCAGUCCAAUUCCCUCCCAACAGCCAGCUCCAUGGGUGGCGGCAUGGGCAGACGGAACCCACGCCAGUACCAGAUACCCUCUCGGAACGUCCCUUCCGCCCGCCUGGGGCUCCUGGGCACUAGUGGAUUUGUCAGCUCUGCACAGCGCAACACUGCAGCCAACCCCACCAUCAUGAAACAAGGAAGACAGAACCUCUGGUUUGCCAACCCUGGGGGCAGCAACAGCAUGCCAAGCCGCACCCACAGCUCAGUGCAGAGGACCCGCUCACUGCCUGUGCACACUUCUCCACAGAACAUGCUCGUGUUCCAGCAGCCAGAAUUCCAGCUUCCUGUAACUGAACCUGACAUCAACAACAGACUUGAGUCUCUGUGCCUCAGUAUGACCGAGCAUGCCCUGGGAGACGGGGUUGACCGCACCUCCACAAUCUAGAAGCUGAAGAUGAGAGUGACUGCGCUGGCCGUGAAAUCGACUGCUGCGGGUCCAGUGUCAACCAUCUUCAGGGUUGCACAGAAUCCUCCAAGAUCCUUUGCAGCCUAGUUUCCCCCUGGUCCCUCUCCCAUUUUGAUUUUGUGAGAGCGUAGGUCGUCCUUGUAAACAUAUCAGUAGACCUGGGAUUGGUUAUUCUGUCAUUUGUUUCUGUCAUAAGAUGGCUUAGUGUUUGGGAGUGGGGAAGGGGAUCUCUAAGGAAACAUAAAGGCCAGGAGAGAACUGAGGGAAUGCAGGUUUCCUGGAUGAAAAGGGAAGAAAAAAAAAAAAAAAGAAAGGAAGGAAGGAAGGAAGGAAGGAAGGAAGGAAAGAAAAGAAAAGAAAAGAAAAAAGAGAAGAGAAAAGAAAAGAAAAAAAAGGAAAGGGCAAGCUCCACCAUGAAAGUGAGAAGAAUGGUGCAAGAGGAAGACAGACUCAGCAGCCCUGGGUGCCCUUUCAGAGAACCUGCCCCCACUGUCGAGGCCUAGCAGGACAUCUUGGCUCCCAGAGACCAAAACAAGAUGGCGGCUCGCCCUUCUCGGUCUCAAACCCUGAGUGAAUUCCCCCUGAGGCCCUUGCUGGAAAUCCAGCCCAGGAGAGGGCCAUGUGGGACAAGAAGGGAGAAAUCCCCUCCAACAAAAUUUCAGAUAGACUUUGAUUUGUGCAUUGUUUACAUAAUAAUUUUAAAGGGUACAUAAUGUGUAGAGGGCUUGGGAUUGAACUUUCACUUCCUACUAUUUUUUUUUAAAGAUUUGGUAAUAUAAAUUCAUCCCUUACCCCCCACGUUUUUAUAAUUACAGCAGGGUUGUCAUUUAAAAAUGGCUCUCAAGCUCUGCUUCUUGGGAAGAUGAAUGCUGUCACAUGGAGCUGGGCCAUCCAUCUGUGCCCAUGGGUGGGAGGGAUGUGUAAGUGGAUCUGAAACAGGAGGAUGUGGCAGGAGCCCUCAGAGCACUGAGCAGCACAGGACAGUGGCACUACACGAUCAGUUAUGGAUUGGCUUGUGGGCCACCUAGAGAUUUGUAACCAAUCCUGCUGCCCCUUUCUAAGCUUGAUUUGCUUCCUGCCCAGAGAUCUCUCCUCCUCCCCUCACCACCAUGGACUUUCAUCCUCCCUGGCACCACAUGCACACAGGUGGGUACAGGUUCCACUGGAAAAGACCAUGUCAAACGUGGUCCCCCCAGUCCCCCACCACACCAAGUCUCUUGCAAGAGGCCUUAAUGCCCAGAUGAUGAGCUCCAAACACUGCUUAUGGUGGCAGGGGAGGGAGGCUACUUGCAGGCACCUGAGCCUGGGGCCACAUGCCCUUGGCUGGUCCUGUGCUGAGGGAGAGGAGAGCAGGCCCAGCAACCUGGUAGAAAAGGUGGAUUAGCAAGUGACAGGAAGAGUGCGUGGGGAGAUGAUGGGGGGUGGUGAUAGAAAAUGUGGGAAAAGUCAAGCUCCUGACGGAAACAAUGGUUCUAUCCACAGGGAUUUGCUGUGAUUUAGCCAUCCACACAGAAGGGAAGUAAAACCAUUCAUUACAUUAUGAGAGAUUAACAAACUAUGCUACCACAAAGUGAUAGCUCUAUUUCUUAAGGGCAAGAAAGACUGUUUCAGAAUUUGGUGCAGUGGAGGGUAUUCGAGGAAAUCAAAGAGGAAUUGUGCUCUGCACUGGAAAAUUGGGUUGUGUAAAUGAUAGUAUGAAUGCUCAGCCAGAGGCAUGAUCUGGGGUGGGGUGCAUGAGGCCUGUUUAUUACACAGAUGAGUCUGCUGCCUUUUUUUUUUUUUUAAAGCAAAGUCAGAGACAAAAUUAGAGAGCUCAGACCAUGAAAAACUACAGCACUUGCUUAUGGCAAUUUAACAAAGAAAAGUUAAUGAGUAAAUAUAGAUCUUAAAAUCCUUAAUACAAUCCAAACAACUUUCGAAAUUAAAAAUACAAGUUCAACUCAGCCUUGAAUAUUGUAACAAAGCACUGAAGGUCCUUCUAAGGUGGGAGGAAAUGGGAAGAUCUUAAUAACCGGUAGGGAACUUUCAGCAAAGACUUAAAGCAGAAUCUGAUGUGUUGUACUAAAAAAAAAAAAAAAUUCUCCUAAAAAUGCAAAUCUAACAGGCAGAAAGAGGCAGCAUUCUUAGUCAUUGCUUUUUAACCAAGUGCCAUUACUGUCUCUCACACACCGUUUUUCCUAAACAAACCCCGUCUUAGUUGGGGGUGGGGGGUGGGGGCUUGAGAUGGAUAGUCACAUAGAAGGCAAGAAAAAAGAUCACAAAUGUUGAAGGCUAAAGGUAAGACCAGAGGGCUUGUGGAAGUUUUUUUUUUGUUUUUUUGUUUUUUUUGGAUGCUAAGGAAGUUAAUAAAGAGAAGAGGAAAAACAAUGGUAUUAAAAAGGUAUUAUAGUGAAAGUGUUCAGAUCUGCUGCAAAACAUGUAUGUCCAUAGAGACCUGGAUUGUUCAGAAAACAGAUUGUGAACGCAAUCACACUAGCAUGAAUCCUUCAAAAGGAAAACCUUAAAGUAUUUGCAAAUCGGACUUUCUAUUUAUUCCUUCACUGACUAUAGAAACAGUGGUUAUCUGAUUAUUAGAGAUAUUAUUUUGGAUAUGUUAUUAACUUGCUAUGGCUGGUAACCAUGAUAAAGUCUGUUAUUAAUAACAACAUAAUUCUUUUGUAAGGAAAAAAAAAAGGAAAAGCUUAUUUUUCAUCGACUGUAUAGUUUUACCUACUUAGUUUUGUUUUGCUAUUAGUGUUUCAGUUUUUUUUAGGAGCCUGUUCCCUCCCUCCCCACCUUGUUUUGAGUCCUGUGUUGACUGCAGGUAUACAGCUCAAUUUAAA